GCCGGAAGCGCGCGUCGCCGCGGCAACGCGCCGCGCGACAUGGCGGCCGUGGGGGCGGCGGGGCGGCGCGGCUGCGAGCUGUGCGGGGCGGCGGCGCGGCGCUGCUGCGCCCGCUGCGGCCUCGCCUACUACUGUGAUGUCGAUCAUCAGAAAGCUGAUUGGGUUAGUAUCCACGAGAGAAUAUGCCAGCUGCUCAUUCCAAUCCAUACAUCCUUACCUUUUUUCAGUUCUGAAAAAGAAAGAAAACAUGGCAUGGAACAGCUGCUGAACAGGCAGAAACACAUAAUCGAUCUCGCAUAUAGCACAGCCCAGAAGUUUAUUCUUGAAGGAAAGCCCAGAAAAGCGAUACCCGCGGGUCUGCAAGCACUGCGUUUCAGCAUUCGCGUGUAUGGCUCAUAUUCUGUGGACGUGGUGCCUGCUUAUCUCAUCAUGGCCGAGGCCUGCAUUGGUGCUGGCUGUCUUAUGCAGGCGACUACGUAUCUCUCUCAAGCUCAGUGGAUUGUCCUCAAAACUCCAGACUGCAGCCUUGCCAUUCAGUACAAACUGCAUCGGGACCUGGGUCUUCUCUAUGCCGCUAAAGGAGACCUCGAGCAGUCUGUGUAUCACCUGGCAAAUGACAUUUACCUUGCUAGUUGUGCAUUUGGACCAAACGCUAUUCAGACAGCUGGAGGGUAUUUCCACAUGGCUAAUAUUUUCCUUCGCCAGAAGAAAACGGACGUAGCAAAGUCGCUCUAUGCUGAGGUGACUGCCAUCUGGCAUGCCUUUCUCGUGAAGUCAGUUCAAAGGCAGGAGCAAGUUCUCAAGUUGCAAGCAGAAGCGUCUCCAUUCAACGAGGACAGGGAAGUCAGCGAAGACCAUCUGACUGAAGCCCAGCAAGCAGAAGCGAUUCAAGCACUGAAUGCAAUAUUAGAUUUCAGAGAACAGGCACCAAAGCAACAGCCUGAUGAAACUGCCAAAGUUUUGCAUGCUCUUGCAAUGCUUUUUUACCUGAGCAUGGAUUUAUCAAAGGCUCGGGAAGUGGGGGUGAAAGCCUUUGACCUGGUGAAACAACUGCCCCAGCAAGAGGCUCUGGAGGCCAUUGAUCGUUUGUUGAAGUUGAUUAACUCCAAGCCUUUCUGUGAAAAAUGAGGCGCUAUUUGCACCAGGCGUAGGUGUUCGGCUAGAUCAUCAGUUUAACUAGAUUGCUGACAACAUGAUGCAAAUGCGUGACGAACUGUCGGUCCUUUCUGCUGCCGGCAUCUUUCUACGCGUGUCCCUUUCCCAUCUCAAGCUGUUAAAUGAAAGUUAAACUUCGUGGUCCUUUUUUUCCUGUGCUGGUCAGCCACUGCAGAUUGUUGCGCCAGUGACUCACAGGGUGAGGGUGGGAAGCAAGAAACAAACACCCAGCACGAGGUGAAUAAAUAAUUACCUACCUGCUAGUGUGAAAAAGCACAA